AUGAGUGAGAAUGAAAAUGAAUCUAAUAUUACCAUUAGCACUUCUCAACAAUUCUCUGAUAAAAAGCGAUGCUCUUGUUGCGGUGUCAAUAAGAAGAAGGAGGAUUUUUAUAGAUCUGAUGACCCAAAUGAAAAUGCUACCUGUAAUCGGUGUUAUGAAAGACGUAAGAAUAAAAGAAAAGAAACGAAUUCGAUUUCAAAAAAAAAGGCAAAAAUGAAAGCCAGCACUGAUAUAACGCCAAGUAGUAGUAGCAGUACUUCUACUUCCCAAAUCAAUAGUAGUAUCGAAGAAAUAGAGCUAUUUCCAGAACAAGAAAACACUCUUAAAGACAAUAAAGAUGAAAACUUUGGUAGCAAAGACUAUGGUAAUGAUGAUAGUCCUCUAUAUAGUCUAGACGAAGUUCAAGAAAUUAUAGCCAAAAAAUUUUAUGAAGCGGAGAGUAGUAAUGAAAAU